AUGGCUUCUUCCUCUUCCUCUGCCUCUUUCGCCAUCUCCUUUGAAUCUGAAUCCUCCCAAGAGCUUACUCCGGAAUAUGAUCCGAUAACCGCUUACAAAAUCCUUGCCCCCCUGCAUUGGGAUGAGGGGGAUUGGGACUUCAAAUCUUGGUCAGAGGAUGAUGAGUCCCUGACCGACGGUGAGGAUCUCCUGCUACUCCUCGGUGACGAGCUGGAGGAAGAUGACGAAGAUGAUGCAUCUUGGGAAGAAAAGCUCUCUUCCUCGGAAGAAAAAGCCGAUUCCUCCUUAACCGAGGAAGAUUCGGUAACAAGAAACUUCCUCCUUGGCGGAUCAUCAGAAGAUGUCGACGAGGACGAUGAAGACGACGGCAGCUUCACCAGCAGUAGCAGCGGAGAUGAUGAUAGUGACAAGAAGAGCAGCGGCGAUGAUAGCGACGUCAGCACAGCUCCGCCAACCAAGUGCCGCAAGACCUCCGACAUCUACUGGUGGUAA